AUGCGUUCAGCUCUCUGGCUCUUCCCGAUUUUCUGCUUGGCGCAAGGAUACGUCUUUGAUUGCCUCGACGAUUGUGAGUGCGACACAGAAGAUGAGGUCAUUCAUUGUCACAACGGUGAUCGUACCCAGCUCCGCUUGCCAUCCGGCGCCCGUCUUCGCGGAUUCCCAGUCAUUGGACUGACCUACAACAAGAUUGUCACUCUUCCAGAUGAGACUACUCUUCUGGCAAAGUUCCCAGAUUUGAAGGUUAUUGAUGUCGAGCGUAACCCAGAUUUCGAUUGCGACUCUAUCAACAACUACGAGCACAUCAAGAUCGUGUCCGAUUGCUUCAAAAACAUCACCGAAAUCUCGAAAGUGCCAAAAUUGUUCCGUCCAACGAAGGAGUGCGAUUUGGCGUGCCAAACUUCCAAGCACUAUGCUAAACUUCAUGAAUACGUGCUCUCACUUUGGGAAAUCCUCAAGGACAAAUACGAGAAUUUUGAUUUGGAUCAAUUUUUCACCAUGGUCGUGAAGAAGAUCCACAAUGUCGGACAGGAUAUCAAUAAUCGCUUGGAAGCAGCCAAAUCGAACAAUCAUCCAAAGAAUACCAAGCCUGACGUCGAGCCAUCGGAAAUGUCGAUUAGAUUGGAUGGAGAGGAAACCGAGAUUUAA